AUGACGGAUUGGGCGCCGGCGAUCAUCGCGUCGGCGCUGUUCGCCUUUCUGUGCCCGGGCAGCGUCCUGCAGAUGCCCGGCCGGCAGCGGCCGGUCGACUUCAUGAACAUGAAGACCAGCGUCGCGUCCAUGCUCGUCCACGCCGUCAUCUACGGCCUGCUGCUCAUGCUCUUUCUUGUCAUCCUGCAGUCUCAUCUUUACAUCUGA